ACUAUUCAGUUUUGUGCGGAAUAACGCGUCAAAUUGGUGAGUUAUUUCGUGAGAGGGCAAUAGUAACGGAUUCGGUUGCUAAUUUUACUAUUGUCAUGUUAAGGAGUCAAGAAAUAAUGUGUAAGUGCAAUCGUGUUUACAUUUUCGGGUAAAAAAAGUGACAAUGUUGGCUGCACUAGCGCUCAGCUGCUCGAGGCUGUCAGAUAUCUCAGUGCUAUCGUGAAGUGUUGUUACUUCCUGGGUUGAUAAUUUAGGUCAUCCGGAUCAGAAUCCAUUGCAGGGGUUAACCCCGCUGCUAUAUCUACAUUCUCACUUUUGAAAUGUAUCGCACAUUGGCAUUGUAUGAUGAUACAUGCCCAGAAGCGCAGAACAUAGGGUUUUCUGGUUGUACUCAAUGACCUUUGCGUGUAGCUAUUGCAAUAUCGUUGUUGAUGGCACUGCUUGUAAUAUGUCAUGUGGGGCGAAGUCGUGGUAAUGUAAUUUUACAACGGGUAUAUAAUUUAAUACGGCGCGUGCUAUAAAUGAUGGACCCUGGCCUCGAGAAUGGAAUUGGGUACCACUCUGGUGUUGAUGUUUUUGAGGUUUUGCAUAACAUUGUCAGUUCAAAUCAAGACUUGUAUGUUUCAGGGUUAUGGCACCCUACUCCAGUGUCAAGUGUGUAUGGCAAUCAUUCAAAGUCCUCUGUAUUAUCAUCCUUAUGGAAAAGUGAGAUUUUGGGUCUUUUAAAAGAAAAAGGAACAAGAAAAUUGAUCUUCUUGCUCAUCUUUUGUGCAACAUGCUAUUGUGUACUUUUGGUAUGGAGUUCAAGCACUCAAAGCAUGUCCUUGCUUGCAUACUCUUACACUGUAGGAUUUAAUUUGCUAAGUCUGCUUAUCUGUGUCUUAUCUCUCUGGGUUGAACAUCAGCCUCCUACUCCACUUUUUACUUUUGGAUAUGACAGAUUUGAAGUUCUGGCUGUGUUCGGGAGUACAGUCUUGGCACAACUGGCAUCUUUAUUUAUAAUUAAGGAGAGCAUUGAAAGACUUGUUGUUGAACAACCAGAAGUUCACAUAGGCCGUCUCUUAUUAGGAGCUGGAGUAGCUUUUACCAGCCACCUGGUUGUGUUGUAUGGGUGUAGUCACACUGCUCUUGACCAUGUAGCAGCUGCUUCCUCUUCAAGUUGGCUUCAAGAACAUGUGUCUGACAUCAGUCAAAGUGUGUGUUCUGUUAUGCCAGCCCUUGGGGGACUUCUGUUACCUCGUGUGAAUCCUAUGUUAUUAGUUGCAUGUACAGGAGGUUUCUCAUUAGUAUUGGCUGAUAUCUUGAUUGAAUUCAAAGGGUGUUAUGUGGUGGAUACCCUAGCAGGCAUUUGGAUUGCUCUCACUAUGUGGGCAACAAUGCUGCCCAUGAGUGUAUAUAGCGGAAAAGUUCUUAUGCAGACCACGCCAUCUCACUUAGUAGGCCAGCUUGACAAAUGUCUUAGAGAGACUUUGACAAUUGAUGGUGUACUUGAGUUUCGAAACGAACAUUUUUGGACUCUGUCUUUUGGGAAGAUGGCUGGUUCGUUGCAAGUUCGUGUGAGGCGAGAUGCAAAUGAACAGAUGGUUCUUGCCCAUGUUGUUGAUCGCCUAUCAAGCAUUGUGUCAGAAUUGACUGUUCAAGUGUUUAAAGAUGAUUGGGCACUUCGCAGGGGUGUAGGAAGCAUGGGAAGUGGAGUAGGCAUUCCCACAUCCUCUUUUCCUGUUAUUCCUAAUGAUAUUGCAUUUGGAAAUAAUCAUUCUCCCAGUAAAACAGGAUAUAGGUCAUUUUCCACAUCUGUCUCUCCUGCUACCAGCUUAGGUGACGCCCAUCCUAGUCUUUCUUCUGGGAGUUUUCAGUCAAAAACAGACUUAUCUGUGCCAAUGAGCAGUAAUUCUUACUUAAGUUUACCUUACUCGAGGACAGUACCUGGUGUUAGUGGUCUUGGCAAUUCUUUGUCUAUGUCUUCACAUGCACUGAACACUGAAGCUGUGUCCCAUUCUCAUUCCCAGCCAUCAAAAUAUCCUUCAAUGACUGAUGUUACAUUUCUUCCUACUCAAAGAUUUGAUGUAUCAACUGGCCGAAGAAAGAAAGAAAGUCCUUGCCCUGACAAGGAACAUGUGAACAAUUUUCAGAAUUAUCCCUUUAGUCCAAAUUGCUCUGUAUCUCCUAAAACAGCAAUGCAUCAGCCACAUGAAGAAAACUUACUUAUUUCUGGAGUAACUUCAUUUGAUGCUGAAAGCCUCACAUACAGACCACGAUGACAGUUUGUUGUAAAAUAUAUAUUAUUUUUUGUCAAAGUGCUCUGUUGGUUUGUGCCAAAAAGAGAAUAUUUGGGACAAAUUAUCUGUGUUCUUGUGAUUGAGAAAGCAUUUUUUAUUAAAAUUAACAUUACAAACUUGAUUUAUAAUUACUUGAAAAAAAGAUAGUCAUUUCUUUUAUGUGUCCUUGACUUAUAUCUGUUGUUAAUGUGUAAAUUUUUAAGUCAUAAAAUGGUGUGCUGCUGCAUUAUAUUAAUUGUUUUUGAUAAGAAGCUACAUCAUAAUUUCAAAUUUAAUGAGUCUACUUGUAAGUGUUAAGAUUAAAAUGUUUCUUGACUACAGAGAUUUGGAAAAUAAAAGUUUUUUUUUAUAAAACAGUAA